GGGACUUCCCAUUCACAACGCUCCCCCUGCGUUGGUCAUUCAACAUGGCAGCGGGACCAAUUUCCGAAAGAAACCAAGAUGCCACCGUGUACGUUGGUGGGCUGGAUGAGAAGGUGUCUGAACCGUUACUAUGGGAGCUUUUCCUGCAGGCUGGUCCUGUAGUCAACACACACAUGCCCAAAGAUCGGGUCACAGGCCAACAUCAAGGUUAUGGCUUUGUGGAGUUCCUUAGUGAAGAGGAUGCUGACUAUGCCAUUAAAAUCAUGAAUAUGAUCAAGCUAUAUGGCAAACCAAUAAGGGUAAAUAAGGCUUCCGCACACAACAAAAACCUGGAUGUUGGUGCCAACAUCUUCAUUGGUAACUUGGACCCGGAGAUUGAUGAGAAACUGCUCUAUGACACAUUUAGUGCAUUUGGUGUGAUUCUGCAAACGCCAAAGAUCAUGCGGGACCCAGACACUGGCAACUCCAAGGGUUAUGCGUUCAUCAAUUUUGCCAGUUUCGAUGCAUCAGAUGCAGCCAUUGAGGCCAUGAAUGGCCAGUACCUCUGCAACAGGCCCAUCACGGUGUCAUAUGCCUUCAAGAAAGAUUCUAAAGGAGAGCGUCACGGCUCAGCUGCGGAGCGACUCCUGGCUGCACAAAACCCUCUGUCCCAGGCAGACAGGCCACACCAGCUGUUUGCAGAUGCCCCACCACCACCUAGUGCUCCAACACCGGUCCUCACCAGUCUAGGACCUGGAAUUCCUAUUCCAGGAAUGGCAGGUCUGCCACCUCCUGGUGCAUUCCCUCCCAUUCCUCCCCCUGGAUCGAUGCCUCCGGCAAUGCCCCCUACUAUGGGAAUCCCUCCAACAGCAGGGACACCAAACCCACAGGCUGGUGGUGGACCUCCACCUGGACCACCCCCCUUCCCUCCGGGCAGUAUGCAUCCAGGUAUGCCUCAGAUGCCCAUGCCCCCUCCUGCUCCUCCUGGCAUGGUGCCUCCUCUUCCUGCGCCACCAGGCUCAACUCAACGGGCUCCACCUCCCCCCAGCAUGCCACCGCCCCCACCUAUGGGCAUGCCUCCCAGAGCACCGUAUGGACCUCCCAUGGCUCCCCCUGUUCCUCCAGGUAUGAGAGGACCUCCUCCUCCCAUGCCUCCACCUGGCUAUGGUGCCGGUCCUCCUGGUCUGCCUCGUCCACCUCCCUUUCCUCUCCAGAGAGGACCACCGAUGCCACCAAGGCCCCCAGGUGCCCCUCCUCGGGUUCCUUUGAGAGCACCCGUGCCACCAUAAUCCAUGUGAAACUGCAGGAAUUGUCUGCUUUUUUUUAUUUUAAAUGUUUAGAUCUACUAGAGUUUGUAAUAGUAGAAAUAAUUUAACCACCUUUUUUUGCCCGUUGUACAGAUGAACGACAUUUGACAAAUAAAAUUUUUAGUACAA